CGUGGUCCCCCACAAGGCAGCGCUGCUGCCGCUGCGCCUCUCGCCUUGAAGAGCCUCGCCUGGCUAUGGCGUCCAGCAGUAGGCGCACAGAGAGGGAGGGGGCCUCUCUCGGCCGAAGAAGCACAAGAGAAGGAGGAGCAGGAGGAGGAGAAGAAGAAAAGGACAAAUCGGAGGGUGAGGAGGAGGAGGAGGAGGACAAGGGAAGCGAAGCGAAGCAAAGGGGAGGACACGAUUCGACGAACGGACUGAAUGAUCGAGUGAGUGAUGGUUUGAUCGUUCGGUGGAUUUGAUGCUGGACGUCGAGGAGGAAGAAAAAGAUCGGGCGACGACGGAGCCGCGGAGAGUUUCAUGAGAUAGACGGACGUGUGGAUGAUUUUUGGAUCCAUCCCAUGUCAACUCGGCCGUGGUAGAUGUCGGAGAGCAUCCGAUGCAGCAAGGCAUUUUUUAUCUUCCGUGCCCGCCCACUCCACUGCCAACAACGUUUCCCUUUUCUCCUCCAAAUCAGCGAUCUCCGGGAAAAUUGCCGCAUUCCGGAAUCGAAUGCACAGGAGUUGUUCGUGUUUACAUUCAGGGUGCUGCUGCUCGAGUGUUUUCUUCCAUGACGAUUUUCAUCGUUACGUGAGAGUAGAGGACUGUCUCUCUAUCAUAUCCAACGUGAUGUGUGUGUCAAUCAGUCCAGGACUGUAGUUCACGUCCGUGUCCAUCUCGCUUUACCUCUCACUCACUCUCUAGUCGCAUCGCUUUCCUGGCAAUGCGUUUGGCACUCGUUCGCCAUUCAGUUCUUCCUUGCUUCCUUCCCUUGAUUCAUUUUCCUUAUAAGCUUGGCCGCGCCGAUCAGGAGCCCAAGGGUUGAGUGAUUCUUCUUCUGCACCGACCACACCGACCAACUAUAUUACGAGUUAGCUAGAAGUACAUUAGCUUUAUCGAACUGUCCUAUGGCGCACUCUCUUCCUUUCUAGAACGUCGCCCUCUCGCUCCUCGAGUUCUCUGCUUCGUGCUCUCUCUCCAUCUCUCUCGCCAGUCCUACUUCGCAGAUGGGACCGUGCACGUAGCCGCCCUUCGUAGCUCGACGUGAGCUCAAGAGAAGGACGGUACGUGUCCUGAGGCGCCUCUUAGCUUUUGUAACGGGCAAGGUCUCUGUAGAGAAUCUCAUGCUUUGAAUUGGACUUCGAAUGUGUGUGCCUCCACAGGAGCAGAAUUGCUCAGUUGUCUAUACACAUCCGAGACUGCACAGGUCGUCUUCUUGUGGACACGGUCUGAGGAGAAAACUCCGACGAUAAGGAGCCACAUUUAUUACGAGUCGAUGUCCCAGCUCUUGUUUGUGCUCUAGCGGGAUCGGAGCAGCCUCGAAGAACAGCACUGCAAUGGCGCAUGGCAAGCACGGAAAACCUGGGACCUCAGGAUGGACGGGCAAGCUGGAGCAUAAUUCUAUGGCCUCGCGCCUGACUUACCUUAUUGGACUUGGUUGCCUGUGUUCUUGUGCCUAUGUGGUUGUGCUUCUCGUGAGCAGCCACCCUUGCUGGACCUACGGUUCUCCUUACUGUACUGAUGCAGUGUGUUCCUCUUACAAUUCGUCGGGGGGCCAGCAGGUGCGGAAAAAUCUGAACCUGCUUGGUCGCGCCAUUAUGGUAAAUGAAUCUUCGGACUCCGAAUCCAAAACUCAUGGCCAAGCGUGGGAAGGAACACGUCUGGACCGCAUUGUAUUUGGAAUCGGUGCUUCUGCGGACAUGUGGACCAACCGUAGCCAAUUUCUGAAGCUGUGGUGGAAGCCGGAAACGAGAGGGAAUAUAUUUACUGACCGUGAUCUGGGGGAGAACUGGACAGUAGGUGAUCCUCCUUACAGAGUGUCUUCAGAUUACUCACAUAUCAAGUAUACGCACAGGAAGGGUCGACGGGAUGCAAUUCGAAUCUCGCGCAUUGUUUCGGAGAGCUUUCGUCUAGGGCUGGAAGAUGUCGAUUGGUUUGUAAUGGGUGAUGACGACACAUUUUUCUUCACGGAGAAUUUGGUUAAAGUUCUGAGCAAGUACGACCAUACGAAAUAUUAUUACAUUGGAAGUAACUCCGAGGACCACAUUCAAAACCAACUCUUUAGUUAUAAUAUGGCAUACGGAGGUGGAGGUUUCGCUAUCAGCUAUCCCCUGGCGAAGGCAUUGUCGGAAAUGCAGGACGACUGUUUGCAUCGUUACACUUGGUUGUUUGGAAGUGAUGAUCGGAUGAAAGCUUGCAUGAGUGAGCUUGGUGUUCCGCUGACAAAGGAGGGAGGCUUUCACCAGGUUGAUCUCAUGGGAGAUUUGAAUGGAUUUUUGGCAGCACACCCUUUGACUCCGAUCGUCUCAUUACACCAUAUCGAGGCCAUUUUUCCACUUUUUCCCGGGACCACCCGAGCUCAAGGAUUGAAAAGGCUCACUAAGGCAAUAAGAGUUGACCCGCACAACAUCUUACAGCAAUCAAUCUGCUACGAUCCUAAAAAGGAAUGGUCGUUCUCUGUUUCUUGGGGAUAUUUGGUUCACGUGUACAAGGGAUUCAUCCCCCCUCACGAGUUAGAAGUUCCGCAGCUCACGUUCAUGAGCUGGCACAAAAGAAGAGAGUCGUAUGCCUUUCCAAUGAACACUCGACCGAGACCAAGAGAAAUCUGCGAUGAGCCGGCAAAUUUCUUUAUGGUUGAUGCUAAGAAACUGAACGACAGCUUGAGCUACUCUGCUUAUGUGAAGGUUGAAAGGCCUAACAGAGUACGAAGCUGCCAGGAGAAGCUCAUGCCCAUCUCUCUUGUGGACAAAAUUUUCAUUGAGAACGAGCCCAUUGGGAACGAGUGGUUUCAGACACCACGAAGGCAAUGUUGUAGAGUAAGGGAAAUGAACCCUGGAGACAUAAAGAUACACGUGGGAGCUUGCGCGCAAGGAGAAAGGGUCGUUCAGUAGGUUGAAACGUUGUUAUAGUCUCUAAUUUAUCAUGUUAGAUCGGGACGCACACGUACACCACUACAUUCUUCGCCAGCUUCGGCAGCAGAUUCGCCGUUCAAGUACCAGUAGAGGCAUUCUUUCUCAUGAUUGUGGAUACGUUUUAGUGCUCUGAUUAGAGCGAGCUGCAUCAGCACAUUUGAACUGACCAUUAACCUUUAGGUUCACCUCUUGAUUGAUUACUGAUUGUUGACUCUUUAGAUGAAAACCCCUGAAAGGUUUAUGCGGGAACUGUGCUAGUUGUAUGGAUCAGAAGGCUUCAGUCCAGCGAGCAAUGGGGAAGUCGCUUGUGGAAGUCAUGUCAUCGAAGGUGAAAUCAGAAACUUGGUCCACGAGUUACAGUUACCCGCCUGCGAUUAGAGAUGGGAAAGGAUAAUUUAUCAAUAUACGGAGUACUGGGAAUAAAAGCUUGCAAUAAUCAGUUUCGUUUCA